AUGAAUUUCUUAAAUAAAUCUAAGAACGGAGCUGCUAGCGGUAACGAUGAUGAAAAUCCUCACAAGGAUUCAGAGGUUGAAAAUGUGGGUGAUAAAAAAAAACUACCUGUUACAGCAGAAGGAGAAACUAUCUAUGAAAAUAUUGCACCUGUCCCUAAAAAGAAAACACCAAACGAUAACACAUUUAUUAUUACAUGCUUAAAGAAUCACUUCGUCUUCUAUAAUUUAAAUGAAGCUGAAUUGGAAAAUAUUGUAAAGAAAAUGUUCUACUGUGAAGUUCCUAUGAAUGAUUUCAUAUUCAAAUAAAGCGACAAUGCAACAAGCUUUUUUAUAUUGGAAAGAGGUGCAAUGGAAGUUAUAGUAAAUGAAAAAUCAAAGAGAGAAUUAAAAGCUGGUGAUGGUUUUGGUGAGUUAGCUCUACUUUAUAAUGCUCCUCGUUCUGCAUCUGUUAAGGCUUUAGAUCAUUGCUAUUUGUGGGGAAUUGAUAGAAAUACAUUCCGUAGAGCAGUUGAAGAAAUGAUUACUAAAGAAUAUGAAGAAAAUCGUAAAUUCAUGGAAGUAGUCCGUUUUUUCCACAAUCUAACUAAUGAACAAAAAGAUGCUAUAGCUGCAGUUCUUAUUGUGUAAAAAUUCUAUAAAAACUAAGUAAUUGUCACUGAAGGUGAUCCUGCUUCUUCUUUCUACAUUAUUAAAGAAGGUAAUGUCACAGUAUGGAAAGGAAAUAAGGAAGUAAGGAAGCUUUACAAAGGUGACUCAUUUGGUGAAUAAGCUCUUUAUUAUAAUACAGUCAGAUAAAUGACAGUUAGAGCUGAAGAUGAAGUAAAAUGUCUUGCCUUAGGUAGAGAUACUCUAACAAAAGUUUUAGGUGAUCAAGUACACGCCGUUACUUUUAGAAAUCUUCAAAAAUGGGCAUUUGAAAAGAACAAUUAUCUUUAAAAGCUUAACAAGGCUUAAAUAGACAAGGUCUUAGAUGUUAUGAAAAUUUCAUCUUACAAAGCAGGUGAUAUUAUCAUGAAGAAAGGUACUGUCGCCAAUCAAAAAAUAGUAGUUAUUAUUGAAGGUUCUCUUAAGAAAGCAAAGAGCGGUAUGACUGUCGCAUCCAAAGCUCAAGCCUGGGGUGAAGAAUAUAUGCUUGAUUAAAAUAAAAAUAAAACUUUUGAUGAUGAUAUCGUUAUGGAAACAGAUGGUGUCAUAGCAGAAAUAACAUCUGAAAACUUUGUAGAGUGUAUUGGCGGUUAAUUGGAAGAAAUUAUCUCUAACAACUAAAAAAAUUAAGAAAAAAAAAUGAUGAAAGCAGAUCAGGCCAAGAGAAAGGAACUUUAAAACAUCAGAAUGUCUGAAUUAAUUUACAUCAAAACUCUUGCUUUUGGGUAGUUUGGUCCUGUUUAUUUAGUUAAAGCAAACUAUGAUAAGAAUUUAUAUGCCUUGAAGAGUUUCAAUAAAGUUCAAAUAUCAGAGCAAAGUUUAGAAAAAUACAUAUGCCAAGAAAAAGUUGUACUUGAAAUUGUUAACUUCCCAUUUAUUAUUUAAUACGCCAGAUCAUUCAAGGAUUCAUUUGACGUUUAUUUCUUAGUUGAAUAUGUUAAGGGUAUUGAGUUGUUUGAUGUUAUAAGAGAUAUUGGUUUAUUAAAUACAUAUGAUUCUUAAUUUUAUGUUGCUUCUAUGAUUCUUAUCCUUGAAUAUCUCCACCACUAAAACGUUAUUUAUAGAGAUAUGAAACCUGAAAACAUCAUGGUUGAUGAAAAUGGUUACUUGAAAUUAAUUGAUUUGGGUACUGCUAAAUUCUUAAAAGGAAGACAUGGUCUUGGUAAUAGAACAUUCACAAUUAUAGGUACUCCUCAUUACAUGGCUCCUGAAAUUAUUUGUGGUAAAGGUUAUAACUGCUACGUCGAUCUCUGGUCAGUUGGUAUUUGCCUUUAUGAAUUUAUGUGCGGUAUGGUACCUUUUGGUGAAGAAGCUGAAGAUCCAUAUGAGAUUUAUGAAGAUAUUAUUAAGAAAGAAAUCAACUACCCAAGCUACUUAAAGGAUAAAAAGGCUAAGAAGUUGAUGGAUCAAUUGCUAAGUAGAGUUCCUGAAGUAAGAUUAGGUGGUUCUUAUCAAACUCUUAAAUCUAAUCCUUGGUUCGAAAACUUCGAUUGGGAUAAACUACUUGAUAAGGAAUUAAAGGGUCCUUAUAUUCCACCUUCAGAAAAAUUGCUUAGCGACAAAGAUAUUAAAGAAUUCGAAGAGCACAAGAAAUUAAUAAUAGAUGAAAUACAAUAAGAAUAAAAUGUUAGAGCUAUCGAAAAAGACAAUAAUAACGAAACUAAGUGGGAUGAAAAUUUCUGA